UUCUGAUUCGAGAAUUCAUAUCGUUCACGAAAUCUUUCAUACGUUGAUGAAAAUUCUUCACAAUUUUUCGCACAGAUAUUCAUAAUUCAUAAUUUCAUUUUGUACAAUUUGCAACUAGAAUGAUGGUGUUCUUCAUUUCACUUAUCCUAGUUUCCUCUAUAAGCCUUAUUUCGGCAACAGAACCAUCCAGUUCAGGAAAAGCUGCAGAUUUUCGCAUAGUUGCCACCAAAGCAGAACGACUUGCUGUUGGACGUUGUUUGCGAGAAACCAUCGAGCCCUUGUACCCAGAAGAAAUACGUAAAAACUUGUCAGCUGCGGAAUUUCUAGGAACUUUUUGUAUCAGUCUUUCUGCAGAAGGAAUAGAAAAGAAAUAUCAAGAAGCGCAACGAAAUAAAGAGACAGAUGUAGCUUCUACGAGUACGAGCGAACCAAACACCAUCAACAAAGAAAUAUCAACAUGUCUUCAAAAUACUAGCGAUGCCUUAAUCUUAUAUUCUCGAUACAUGAUUUAUGGUUAUUCACUUUUAGACAAGCAGAGAGACCAACACGAGAAACAAACUGAAGAGUCUGCCCCAUCGGUGUCGUUGGCACAAUCUCAAUCAGAACAACACGAUCAACAGCAUAAUAAUAUGGCUUUGGUUCCGGCAAGUUCUCAGUCAGAUGCUACUUCUGGAAAUGAACACUCUAUGGCUAUUAUUGUGGCCAAUCCUCAGCCAGCAGGUUCUGCCCCUGUGCAAGUGGCAGACAGAUCUACUCAGCCAGAGACCAGGUCUGAUCCUGAGCAAUCUAUGGCUUUGGUUCCGUUCAAUCCUCCGCCCACAGGUUCUGUCUCUUCUGCAGGUCCUCCAAAUACCUCCAAACAUUACGAUGGGCAAAAUAUUUGGGAGCCUCCUAGAGCCGAAGAUUGCAGCGAAUUUGCAAGAUUCGCUUUAGGCUUGUGUAAUUCUAACGAAUUUGUCAAUUUCAAUGACCUCAAUGAACGUAUGUAUAUGUAAUUGACUAACUAAGUGUAUUUGUAUGUUUAUAAAAUACCCACAACAUUUGGAAAGAAGUAAUUAUUACCUAUUUUUCAUUUUCGCUACGAUCCUCGAUUAUUCAGAAAUCGAAGAAGGUAAAAGAUCAUCACAUCUUCUCU